CCGAGCGCCCGGGACCUGACGCUCCGCUUUCAAGCAGUCGCGGAGAAACGCCAGCCGAGCUCAGCCCCAGUUAUAAAUUGUCUUCAGGGAGAGGUUGUAGACAUUAAGACCGCGGCGGUCUCAGGGCAUUGUCCUAGGAAACGCCGUUUAAGGGAAGGCGUAUUAGUUGUUGGGAGCGUCUUCCUUGCCCCGCCCCGCGCUCGCUGCCUGGGCGCGGGGCGAGAUCCCAGCUGGCUGGGAACCGAGACCGCGCUUCCCCAACGCCGGCGGUUUACCUCGUCUCUGCACCCCUAGGCGGCGCUGCACUCCUCCGCACCCGGUCCGCUCCGCUUUCCCAGACGGCUGCCAAGCCUCCAGUCUAGCAAGCCUAGCUCGCAGCCGGCCGGCCCCGGGCAAUUCCGGUAUUCGGAAGGCGAACGUCGGCGGUCUCUGCACCUCCAGUCGGCAGCAGCGGCCGGUCGGCCCUCGUUUUUUUCUUUUUUAAAACCACGGCUUGUGAUCUCCAGGAGUCCGGAGCAUGGUCCCGGGUCACCGCUGGUGGAACGAGGACGCCGAGAGGGAGGGAGGAUGGUGGGCUGGAGGGUGGCGGUUCUAUGUUUGUGGGUCUCCUGCGGCUCUGCAGCGGGACAGCUCGAAUACUCCGUGUCGGAGGAGACCGAACGGGGCGUAGCCGUAGGCAAUGUUGCCCAGGACUUGAGGCUGUCAGCGGCCGCUCUGUCCUUGCGGAACUUUCGCUUCCUUUCCAGCCACGGCGAGCCCUACUUCGAGGUCGAUCUGGCCAGCGGAAGCUUGGUGGUCAGAGAGCCGGCGGAUCGCGAACGGCUGUGCGGGGACAAAGCUGCCUGCGUCCUGACCUAUGAGCUGGUGCUGGAGGACCCGCUGGAGCUGCACAAGAUUCACGUUCACGUCCUGGACACCAACGACAACUCGCUUCACUUCCCUGCCGGCGACGUGCAGUUGCACAUUCCCGAGUUCCUGAUGCGAGCCCGUUUUACUCUCCCUAAUGCCCAAGAUGCCAACGAGGGAAGCAAUGGGGUGCUAAGCUACAGCCUGAGCCCCAGCCAGCACUUUCGCCUGGACAUGGGGUCGUGCCGGGUCGACGGCAGCGAAUACCCGGAGUUGGUAUUGGAGAAAGGGCUGGAUCAGGAGCAGCGUGCCACCCACCGGCUGGUGCUCACCUCCCGGGACGGCGGGCCGCCGGCGCGCUCCGGAGACGCACAAGUCACCGUCGUCGUGGUGGACACAAACGACAAUGCACCUGUAUUUGAGCGCUCAGUAUACCGCACCAAGGUGCCAGAGACUGCACCCAACGGGACUGUGUUAUUCCGAGUUCAAGCCUCGGACCCGGAUGAAGGCUCCAAUGGGGAAAUCCGGUACUCCUUAAGCAAUAGCACGCAGGCAAAGCUGCGACACCACUUUCACGUGCACCCUAGAAAUGGGGAAGUGCGGGUAGCUGCUUCACUAGGUCCGCCUGAAACGCUGUUGGAGGCAUACAUCGAGGCGAGGGAUGAAGGCGCCUUCGGUCUAGCCAGCACCACCAAACUGCUGGUGGAAGUGACUGAUGUGAACGAUCACGAUCCCGAGGUGAACCUCCCCACUUUCUCCAGUCCAGUUUCCGAGGACACCGCCGCUGGCACAGUGAUUGCUCUCCUUAGUGAAAGGGAUGAGGACCUUGGUCCCAAUGGUAAGGUUGUUUGUAGCAUGUCCACUGGAGGCCCUUUUAAGCUGAAGGCUUCCUUUGACAACUACUACAGCUUGCUGACUGAUGGGCCGUUGGACCGGGAGCAGGUCAGUGAAUACCAGGUCCUGAUCACCGCCUUAGAUGGUGGCUCGCCCCCACUUAGCACCCGCAGGACACUGACUGUGUCAGUUGCUGAUGUGAACGACAAUACACCAAACUUUCCUCAACCGAAACAGGAACUUCUUGUGGCUGAAAACAAUGGCCCUGGGGCCUCCCUAGGAUGUGUGUUUGCCCAGGACCCAGAUCUGGGGAAGAAUGGCGUCAUCUUUUAUGAGCUGUUGGAUAUUAUCUCUGAAGGGCAGGCAGCCUCUAACUUGGUGGCAGUAGAUUCCUCCAGUGGGGCUAUCACUGCCAAAAUUUCCUUUGACUUUGAGCAGCUCAGGGAGUGUCACUUCCAAGUGGAAGCCCAGGAUGGUGGCAUUCCUCCCAGAAGUGGAACAGUGACUGUGAACUUGUUUGUGGUAGACAGGAACGACAAGCCUCCAGUCAUCUUGUUUCCCUUGCCCAGAAAUGGCUCUGUCCCAGUGGAAAUUGUGCCCCGCUCUGCCAGAACAGGACACCUGGUCACAAAAGUGGUAGCAGAGGAUGCAGACAGUGGCUCCAAUGCUUGGCUUUCUUACCACAUCUCUCAGGCUUCUGACUCGAGCCUUUUUAGAAUUUCAGCCAAUAUGGGAGAGCUCCAUACUGCUCGCUUAGUUCUUCCCACUGAUGCAGUUAAACAGAGGGUGGUGGUAGUGGUUCAGGACCAUAGAGACCCAUCACUUUCCACCUCUGUCACACUGGGCGUUCUGUUGAGCAACUCUGUCCGUCGGGUCCUUCCAGACUUUGAAGAUGGCUGGGAAAAAGGCGGGCACCUUUCUGCCCAGAACCUGUAUUUAGUAAUUGCCCUGGCCUGUAUUUCCUUUUUAUUUCUGGGGUGCUUACUUUUCUUUGUGAGCAGCAAGUUGAGCCAGAUCCCACGUUGUUGCUCUCAGAGCUGCUGUCGCUCUCCAGAGGAGUUGAGAUAUGGGAGCAAGAUGGCUUUGAAUCCUUGCAUGACAUCUGCCACAAUAGAUGUCACCACAGUCGAAAGACUUUCUCAGACCUACCUCUGUCGGGCCUCUCUGGGACUUGGUUCUAACAAUAACAGUUUGCUGUUGCGUGGGGAAUACAGUGCUGCUGACCUGAGAAAUUUGGCCUCUGGGAUAGGACUGAAUGUGCCAAUAUCCUGUAUUCAAAUUCACAAUAGGAAAGGGGAUCAUGCAAAUGUCAAUGCCGUGGUAAGCAAAUUUUAUGGGAUUUGAUUCCGUUGACCAGGAAAUGACCACUAGCUAUUUCUGAAAUGUUUCUUAGAUGAGCCUUUGGCAACAUUUAAUCCAAUGAAUUGAAUGCUCCUGCUUAGCACCCCCUGUGCUAAGGAUUCUGGGAAGAUAUAGGCAUUAAAAGAGACUGACCUUGGCCUCAAGAAGGUUACAGUUUAUUUUUGAGAA